CAGGCAGGGCAGCGCCCAGUCCCGGCAGUGGGCGAAGAGGGCCGUAUUCCCCAAGAUCAAUCAGACCAUUAUCGCAGCCGCAGAGCGUGAUCUGCCCACCAUGGUCGCUGUCGUCGAGCCCCUGAUCCCGCAGAUGAACUUGGUCAACAUUUCCACGGCGCUGCACAGGCUGGCCCGGCUGUCCAGCAGCAACCCAGAGUCAUUGCACCAGCUCCGCGGGCACCCCGUGAUGCCUGCGCUGCUGGCCGCGGCGGCCGCGGCUCUCGACAGGGCGCGGGAGACUGGGGCACAGCCGAAGACCCAGGCCUUGAGCAAUGUCACCUGGGCCAUGGCGACAAUGCAGACCCUUGACCUCCACCUGCUGACCAAGGUGGUUGCCCUGUCCGAGGAGGUGACGCCCCUCUUCAAGGCCUUCGAGCUCUCCGGCCUGCUGUGGGGUCUCGCGACGCUGGGGCGCAGCGAGCCUGAGGUGCUGAGGUUGGCGGCGCCCAUCUUCGACCGCGCUGCGGGCCAGGUGUCGGAGGACUUCAGCUUCAGGUGCCUGGUGAUGACGUCCUGGGCCUACGCCACGGCGGGCUGGGCAGACGCAGGCCUCUUCCGCCGCCUCGGCGACCUGAUGCUGCCGGGCCUGCGGUCGGCCAGCGGGGCCGAGCUACAGAACAUCGCGUGGGCCUUCGAGGCCACCGGCGCGCACCACGGCGCGGUGUUGACCGAGGUGCGGUGGAGGCUCGGCGGUGGCGGCGUGGGCGGCGGCGCCGCCGCGCCGCAGACCGCCCCGCGGCGGGCCGCCUGGGCUCGCGGGGUCCCCGCCGAUCGAGGCGGUGCGCCCGCGAGGGCCUUGGCCCUCCGCCGCCUCGAGGUGGUGGAGGACCCCUUCGCGUGCCCCGAGGACGCCGCCGCGACAGCGCAGCUCCGCUCGUGCGCCGAGGCCGCCGCGGCCGCGGUGGCGCCGGAGCCCGCGGCAGGCGGCCGUGUGCAGCAGUCUGCCGGGCAGGGCUGGGUGUGCACUGUCAAGAACACCUUCGUCGAGGUCAGCGACGGCAGUGCCUCCAGCGACGAGUCGGAGGACGAGGCGCCGCUGGGGCCGUCCCUGGCCAUCAUCCCGCAGGGCAUCAUCGAUCCCGACGAGCUCACGGCCUACCGCAUGUCCUACCAGAAGUUCCGCUCAGGGAAGUGCCGCGGCGCCAAGGGGGAGGUGUCACACCUGGGGGCGAGGGCCUGAGAAUGCGGCCGCUGCCGGCCCCGCUCGCUCGGGGGCUGGCGUCGGGAUGGAGCAGGAGCAUCCCGCGCAGUGGCCGAGGAGACGAGGCACCGAGACUCCUCACGCCUCUCGGCCUGGCUGAGUUGCAUGUGCCACCGCCUGCCUCCAGGCGGUGCGCGAUGCAGACGCCCUCGCCUGUGGAUUUCACUAUCUUAUUCGUAGCACCCGAGAGAACCCCCAAUCGGUGGCUUUGGUUUACCAUUUUCGCGCGCACUCCACGCCUGCCCUCUAUAUCCCUCUCGCUCUCAGUCUCUCUCUCUCUCUCUCUCUCUUCUGCUCUCUGUUGAAUCUGUUCGAACGUAGAUAUAGCUAGAUCCAGAUUGUGUAUUGUCUACGCCCUCAUGGCUCGCUCUGCAGUGUAUAAGUCGUGUACCCCCUAUCGCCAUGACCUCCCAAACCACGCUUC